AUGUCUGGUUGGAAUGAAGACUUACAGAUAGUGUGUUCUGGUCGAGAGUUCCGCCUGCCGGUCUACUCAGGGUCAAGAAUCGUGACCUUUACCCCCAGCUACCCUCCAGGACCAAGAAGAGUGAUUCUGGAGAACAACAACUUGAAGGACCCACGUUUUGAGUGGACGAAAGAUAGGACGUUGCUGCUGAAUGACGUCACACACCGUGACCAGGGGCUCUACUCUAUCAAACUGUCCUCUGGAUUCACCUAUGAGACCGUUCGCCUCACUGUCUCAGAAUGUAUAAAAACCUUCCGUCUGGGCUAUGGGGAAACCUUUCAGCACAACAUCCCUAAAUAUGUCUCCGUGCUGGAGUUCUCUCCCCGGGGCUCCCCCUCUGACUCCCAGACGGUAUUACUGUGGAACCGGAUGGACCCUGAGACCAGCGAGGCGGGCCGGGGGCGGCUAGGGUCAAGUGGGAGGGUCUGGGUGGCAGAGAGGGUGACCCAGGCAGACCAGGGAAACUACACCCUCCGAGAAGAAAAUGGGAAAGUCAUCUCCCGCAGCAAAUUGAUUGUCAAUGGGCACAACUUCAAUGUGACCCGCUUCUUCAAGGAAUCUCUAAACCUUCCCCUUUUUCUCCCUGUCUCUCAUGUCCACCUCAUUUUUACCCCGUCACUCCACCUCUCCAAUCCCUCCAAUGUGCCCCUUGAGUCCCCGUACUCUCGCCCCGUGCAGCUGAUCAAGGAUGGCCAGAUUGUGGACCAGGACCCCCGGUACUGGGGCCUCCUCUCUCUGAGGAGAAACGGGACUGUCAACGAGGUGGUCAUCACCAGGCUGAGUGCAAAGCAUGAUGGGAUGUAUGAGAUCCGAGAUCAGGGCGGCAACCUGGUGUCAUCCACCAUUCUCCAUGUGGUCGAUAAGACUGCUAGAUGGAGAGCAGUUCUCAAGUCCAUCAGCGUUCCUUCUGGCAUGUUUGUGACUUUGGCUGGUUUCAUCUUAUUUAUGAAGCGCUACCCUAACUGCAGCCUCGCUAUGAUAAUCAACGGCCUAAGAGGUCACCAUACACCGGCAUCUAACCUUCCAAGAGUCAAUGUCCAGGAUUACAGUCCACCCAGUCUCCAGCCCUCUGGCAUUUACAGGGUUUCAAAGCAGAUUGUAACGCCAAAAAUAUGGAGUCCCAGACCUACACAUUCGGGUUACAUGCCUGUCGUGGUCAGUGCACCACAGCCCUCCCCUGAGCCAGUGAGGACAACGAGACAACAGGAGACAGAUAGACUUAGAGUUCAGACUGUCACUACUCACACUCCUAGUGAAGAGGAGACUGCUGACGGAGAGAGGGAGAUCUCCUUUUCCAUCGCUGGCACCUCAGACUGCCUCCACUCAUCUGAAGACUGCUUCCAGUUCCAGAUCAAGAAAGAGGGAGACAAGGAGAGCAAAGCAAAAGACUACUUCUCCACACUUCCACUGGAGACUUGCAGCGUCUACACUUCUGAAAAACUCAACUUCUUAUAGAGUACAGAGAAGAGUGGGAGUAAAGAAAGAGCGGGCGGAGAGAAAAUAGUGUUAAUAAUGUUAAACUGUUCACGGGUGAUUUCAUAAUUAUAGUGCCUUCACUUUCAGAACCCAAUUUGGAUCUGUUUGGGUAUUGCAUAUUACCUCCUAUAAUUUCUGUAUUAUCAUGUCAUUAUCAUUCCUUUUAAGAAUGAGAUGAGCAAUAUCAUACAUUUUGGCAUAUCACUCCUUUGUACAACUGGAUUGGUAAUGUUUUCAAAAAUCAACCUGCCGAUUACUUUCUGCUACCUACCAAGGAACCCUCAGGACCACACAUUUAAACCUGUACUGUAAGCUAUAGAUGACUGUAUAUAUGGAAGUUAUGUUAGGAUGGAGAAGAGAUGUCAACGUUAAAGAAGAGAUGGGGAAUUGUCAGAUUUUGUAAUAGAAUAUGGGAAUUGCCUCUCAAUUUAAAAGCAUAUCUAACUGCAUGUGUUACCUACUAUUAAACAAGUAAAUUAACACAAAAUAAUACAAAUAGACUUUAUUAGAUUACAUAUAUUUACAUAACAUAUACGUUGUUUGUGAUUGCCAUAAAAUGGUGUAUAUGAUUCAAUUACGGUUACAUUAUUUCACCAGGUAUUCACAUUGUCAUUGAGGUUUUAUAGAAUUGAUUAUAAUAUGUUUGAAGUCAUAUACCUUUCCCAAUGAUUUGUGUAUUAACGUAUCAUUGGUUUGUUAGUCAAGUAAUGAAUGAAGCUCGAGAAAAUAAAACGAAUUCAAUCAA